AUGUCAAGAAUAACAAACAAACCUGUGCGACAGCGAGAUGGUCAGAAAUUCCUUUCAUGGUUAGUUGCUGACACGAUUGACGAUUUUGAAAAAGACGCCGUUUAUAGUGGUGAAAAACGGGCCGUCGACCAAAUAAUAUCAAAAACAUAUAGAAUUAAGAGCAACUGGUCUCCGGAAAGUCCAGAGGGUUAUGUCACAAGGGUGCCUUUGAGAAUGACGGCCGACGUAAAUAUCAGUGAAAUAGAAAUUUAUAUUUUCUGUAACGAUGAUUUACGUCUGACAACAUAUCUUGUUGCCGCGUUACGGAAAAAGGGUGCCCGAAAUAUUAGAAUAUGUUACCCUGCUCACCAUACCCCAACAGAGUAUGCGAAUGUGGAUGCGAUCAGCAUCCCAGGUUGUUGGGAAACACAAUCCCAAUACGAAUGGAGUGUGUCCAACGCGGUUGUGGUUAUCAGUAUGUUGUAUAAUAAUUUUGAGAAGCAGGAGAUGCUUCUCAAUGCGUGCAUUAAUCAAAAUGUGUCCCUAUACAUUACCUGGGACUCUGGGAUGGAGCUGGAACUUUAUGUUUCAGACAAACGAUGCCCACGCACCCGGUUGCAUAGGCGUCUAAUUGCCCACCAAGAAAAUGUAGAAAAAAGCCACGGAUCAAUGCGAUGGAUCUUAUUUCAAGUGGGUAUUUUUGAUGAGGAAGUGCUUAAGCACGAUAUCUCCACCAUCACAACGGCAUUCAACAGUCCAAAUCAAUAUAUUUUCCUUAACGUUACGGUUAAGGAAGAGUUAGCACAGUUGGUUGCCGAAUCUAUCGCGUCAGACAAAGUCUUACCCAACAGGAAUUAUGUAGUUGGAGAUUUCGUCGCCCACACAUUUCUUGGACAUGUUUAUCAAGUAGCUAAUAACGGAAUGCAAUUAGACAACACUAUGCCCGCGGAUAUUUCGGAAUUUGAAACAACAAAUCAAUUACGUUUGUCCGGCAUCGUUUCCGCUCCACGACGCUACAAUUUAUCGCCUACUAAAAAAUCAUAA